GCCCGUGCGCUUGGAGGCGAUGGGACAGAGUCGAACACAGACGAACGAACCUUGAUUGUAGAGAGAAGUGAUACAUUAACGAUUACAUCUUUUCUCAGUUCCGAGUUCCUCACACAGCGGCAGAGGAUGAGUCAGAUGCGCUUUGGAAUUCGUUAAUGGGUUGAGGGCAUGAGAAUUUUGAGCAUUUCUGGGCAUUAGUUGGGUGGUCUUCGUACUUCUUUUGGUGACAUCAAAACCACCCAUUAAAGCAACCCUGAACUAGAUUACAUUUUAUCAAACGGCUUGUUCGCUAAUGUCUUCCCAGCUGAAGAUGCAAUCAAUUAGAAAAGAAAAGGUCAUACACAUGCCUCGUCGCUGUGUGCCUCGAAACUCAAUCAACACACACACACACCGCCAAUCCCAAAGCAAUGAUGUGUGUGAUGUGCACUAAACCAGGUUCCGUGAAUUUCUGCAACGUUCCCGUUAGUGUGUAAGCUCUUCCCGUGUGUGCCGGGUUUCUCGCUCUGCUCGGCCUUACAAAAGAAGUUGGAGCCGUCGUGGGAACUUUCUGCCGCCUCCCUCAGGAGAAAGAUCACCUGAAAGGGAUGGAGCGAAAAUACAACAACAAAAAAAGCAAAACUGUGGCAUAAAAACUGCACCUCAUGUGAGAAACGAUCGAGGGUUUGUGUGGUGCCUUUUUCCUAGCACUCCCGCCGCCCAAGAAACCAGCUUUGAAGGCUCGAUCAUGAUCGCGAUCAUCAACGACCAAUGGAGAACACGGCAGGGGCUGGGCGACGGCUGGGGGGAGUGUUUUGGUGUUUCGCUGUUUAGAAUGAGUAACUAGCUGAAAGGCUAGACCUUAUUACAGUCUUCCCUCCUUACUGCCCGCUGGUGUCUGGUUGAUUGUGUAGUAGUGAAGCGCCCAACCACCAGCACUACCACCCCCAAAAAGGAAGAUAGAAAGAUGCCUAACGAGGGAAUCCCCCAAACCAGCUUUCGUCUGUGUGUGUGUGUGUUUGUGGUGCCAUCUCUUUCUUCUGGCGGGGCGUGAGAUGAUCCCAAAAGGUGGUGGAAUUCAAGACCCAGACCCAGGCGCAAGGUAAUCCGAACGGUUCACCGGGGGCAGAGGAAACGAAAGCAAGGAAGCAACGACAUAAAACAAUUUUAGAAAGACACAACACAACGCACACACAAACCAUCGAAGCAUGGAUCGGAGCUGGAAGAAGCGGGAUGGAAGAACGAUCGUUUUUAUGACUGCGCGUGCGCGAGGGGGGUGCAAAAGGUAAAAGCAUUGCACACGCAGAGAGGCAAAAGAGCAUAAUGAAAGCGAGCAGAUGGAACGCCGGUCGGUCGGUCGGUGGGUUCGUCGCUUGUGCGGUGCGACGGGGACAGGGGCGACAUGAGCGAAGGGCCCUCCGCAAGCGCAUCGGGCACGGUACAUGCGUGCAUGCAGGUCGGUUUUAUGCUCAGCGUGAGCACAACAGAGCGAGAAAGAGAGAGAGAAAAGGAGAGUGUAAGUGGGUGCGAGCGAGAUGAGAAUGGCCGGCUGUGUGCGCUCUUGUUACACGGGCACUGAGGGUUUGCGAGAAGCUUUUCAGGGAAAGAUCUCAUAAAAUGUGCAUAGCUAAGGGUUGGGAAUGAAUGAGAGAGAGAGAGAGUGAGUUAGAGCGAGAAAAAGAACGGCAAGAAGGGAUGGGAAGGCAGGCAGGGAAGGUCUCUCGCGUGAAGCAGCGAGUCGACAUACGCAAGUCGUGCUCGUCGUAGCAGUCACUUCAUCUCACGCCGUUCUCCGGUACGGACAUAUCGCUCCUGCUCGGUCUGUGUGUUUCCGUGGUCUUUAGCAGGGCCAGUGUCUGCGUUGUUUAGGACUCAGUAAUCCGAUCCGUCCACACCGAUCGUGUUUUUUGCACAAAACGUGCCGAUCGGCAGUAUCCAUUUAUCACUAAAGUGAACUAAAGAGAGUGCAGAGUUUUUAAACGUACACACAGAACAAGUGUUUUAACAAGCGUGUUUCACUACCCUAAAAGUGCAACGUUUUUUUUAAAACAAGCUCUCAAUUGUGUUUGCACAACAAAGUAUCCCCGAAAACGGUUGUGCGCAUAGCGGUGUUAGUAGCAAUAACAAAAAAAAAAAGAUAGUUUCAAAGAGCAUCCCUCAAGGGUUGAGUUUUACCUGACUCUCGCGCUCUUUGGCUGGAGAGAAACGCACCCCCUCCUUCUUUGCGCGGUACGUGCCUGGCGUUGUGUAUUGGCGUUGGUUUGCCGUACGACGCUCGCCGUGUGUAUGUAUGCGGUUCGUGUCGGUGUGUGCGGAGUUUGAAACCGUGGGAAAAAUCAGUGACGAUCGCGAAAUUCCGGUCCCGGUGUGUUGUAGCGCAAAGCGGGUUCGAGCGCGCCGUAAGUGAAAGGGAAGGCGCACAAACACAAGGAAAGAGAGAGAGAGAGAGCGGGAGAGAGAGAAAUCGAACGGGGCCCCAUUGGCAGGAAGGGGCGAGAUAGUGGAAGUGGUGGGCUUCAAAGCGUGGCCCCAAAAAGGAGAAGCCAAAGUUCGCGAUCUUCUUCGCGAUCGCCAAUUUCGCAUUUUCGCACAACUUCUCACCCACCCCUUGAAAGCGUUCGCGCGCGCGUGUGUUUGUGUGUACGUUCGGUGGCCACCACCCCAAAAGUGUUAGCUUUCGGCUUUGCUUUUUUUAUUGCGUGUGUUUGUUUUUGGUGUUUUCCGUUCACGAAAAAAAAAAACAUAAAUAAAUACGAAAGACUUUAGCGGCCACGAGACAUUCAGCGCAAAGGGAAGAUUAUGUGCACAGGGGUUUGUGUUUAGCAGUGUGUGAGACACAGACCAUACCGCCGCCACCACCCCCACGGUCCAGCAGAGCUUCGCGUUGAGGCUUCCGUGCAGGCUAUUCCGUAGUAGAUCGCGACCAGUGUGCCGCCUCGCUAAGGGGUGGACGAUAUAGGCCUCUAUAUGGGUGUACUGAACGUGACCAGUUCCGGUGCCGCUAUCGUCGAGUACCACCAGCAACAGCAGCAGCAACAGCAGCAGCAGCAGCAACAGCAGAACAAGAAAAACGACACAAUCUUCUCACCCAUCAAGAACAAGAUGAAGGUGCUGAAGAAGAUCAAGAAACGCAUGGGACUAGCAACGAGAAGCGCAUCAUCCUGCCCGGGCCCGAACAAUCUGCCCCCGCUACAGUUUCACACCGUGCACGGCGACAACAUACGCAUCUCGCGCGAGGGCACCGUCGCCAAGCGGUACGAGUCGUUCUGCAAGGGCAUCACGUUCAGCGCCCGGCCGGUGCGCGUGAACGAGCGCGUGUGCGUCAAGUUCCUGGACAUCUCGAACAACUGGAGCGGCGUGAUCCGGUUCGGCUUCACCUGCAACGAUCCGGCGUCGCUGCGCGGCAACCUGCCCAAGUACGCCUGCCCGGACCUGACGAACAAGCCCGGCUUCUGGGCGAAGGCGCUGAACGAGCGCUACUGCUACCGGGGCAACGUGCUGUUCUACUACGUCACCCCGUCCGGCGAUGUGCACUUCGGCAUCAACGGCGAGGAGAAGGGCGUGUUCAUCACGGACGUGGACGCGCGGGGCCCACUGUGGGCCGUGAUCGACGUGUACGGCAACUCGACCGCGAUCGAGUUUCUCGACUCGCGCAUCUACAUGUUCCAGGCGCAGCAGCAGCAGCAUCAGCAGCACCAGCACCAGCCGCAGCAUCAUGGCGGCCCUCCGCACGCCCAAAGCCAGACGGCGCGCCGACCGACGGAGCCCGAGCUCGGACUGCCGCAGCUGGAAUCGCUCAGCAUCAACCAGCACAACCAUCAGCUGAUGGAGGAGCGUCCGGUUACGUGCGGUGCGCUCAGCCCGUCCACCUCGGUGCGCUAUCACAGCCCGGCGCCGGGGCUGCUGCCGCUGCCGUUCCAUCCGGUGCGCGGGCGCAACAUUAAGUUCUCUGCCGACCGGUACGUGGCCACGCGGGCCGAUACCGAGUUCUGCCAGGGGUACGUGUUUUCGCCCCGCCCGGUCAAGAUCGGCGAACGGCUGAUCAUUCAGAUCCUGAAGACGGACUCGAUCUUCGUCGGGUCGCUCGCGCUCGGGCUGACGUCCUGCGAUCCGGCCAGCCUGCAGCUGAACGAUCUGCCAGACGAUUCCGACAUGCUGCUCGAUCGGCCCGAGUACUGGGUGGUGAGCAAGGACGUAGCGUCGACGCUGGUACGGGGCGAUGAGCUGUGCUUCUCGGUCACCGUGAACGGCGAGGUGCAGAUCAGCAAGAACGGUGGCGCCCCGUCCGUCAUCAUGCACAUCGACCAGUCGCUGCAGCUGUGGGCCUUUCUGGAUGUGUACGGAUCGACGCAGAGUGUGCGGCUGUUCACGCUGCCGAUGCCGGCGCCGCCGGCACCGUCCGGGUGCGCCUCCAGCAUGUACAGCAUGACCCGGUCCCACUCGUCGCUGGCUGCCGCGGCCGCCACUAGUCAAUCGGUGCGCAGUCUGCACCAGCAGGAGCAGCAGGUGAUGGCGGAAUCGUCGGCCAGCAGCUGCCGGACACUUGCCGGUGCCACCUCGACCAGUGCACUGGUGCAGCAGGCGACGGCAGCAACCGCCGCCACCGCUGCCGUGCGCUCCGACAUGAUCCAAAUCAACCCGGGCGGUACGGUGCUGGUCGUCAAUCUGCCCCCGGCCGAUGUGCUCUCCCAGCAGCAGCAGCAGCAGCAAUCGUCGCAAGUACCCCAGGCGACGCUUGUGACGCGCGGUAUGACCAACUCCGCCUCGACCCUGUCCGUGCCACUAUCGACACUGUCGCUCUCGUCCCACACGGGCUCAACCGGAACGGCCAGCGAGCUGAUGGUUAGCAAUAAUAGCAGCAACAAUUACGCCGCCAGCAACAAUCCUCCUCCAUACCCUGAGUCGCUCUCGAGCUACAACAAUGCCGCCAACUACUCGACCGCCGCCCUGGCCGCGAACGGCAUCUACAGCUCGACCAACUGCGUCGACUGCACGAUCUGCUUCGAGAAGCCGAUCGACUCGGUGCUGUACAUGUGCGGCCACAUGUGCAUGUGCUACGACUGUGCGAUCAAGCAGUGGCGCGGCAUCGGCGGUGGGCACUGCCCACUGUGCCGCGCGGUCAUCCGCGACGUCAUCCGGACGUACAAGUCGUAGGGCGUGUGCAGGGCACAGCGCGAGCAUCGACGUGAAAGCGGCAUAGCCAAAGAAGGACCGUGAAGGUGUGUGUGUGUGUCGAACCAUUUUGUGAUCAAGCAGGCAGUGCGCAACAGUUGUGAUUUGGUGGCGGUCGAACCAUCGUGUGUGUUCCAGUUUGUUGAUUUUUUUUCUUCUGGGCGUUGGGCGAGUGGUCGGAAUCCGUCGGCGGGAGAAAACAGCGAAUGUGCAGCAUCCAUAAAUUAACACUGAUAGCUUAUCGGUUGAAGGAUAAAUUAUUCAGUAGUCAAAAUUUAUAGAAACAGAAGAGAAGCUCCGCCCGGUGGCAUCCUUUUUAGGAAGGCUUUGUUUGGCAAAGAAAGUUAGGCUUUUGCUGGGAACACAUGCUCGCUUGGCCGAAGAUGAUUCACUUGCACCACGGAAAGUAGCCAAAAAAAAGAAGGAACUAGUACGCCGUAGAAAGCACAAUGUUUCCCCUGCCUCA